CGCGCGUUGUUACAGCUGCUGAAGCAGCAGCGGCCCCCGCUCCCGGGCACCCUUCCUGGGUCCUCGACCGCCAGCCCCGCACGAACAGUACAGGGGGCAGCAGGAUGAAUGUGGGCACAGCACACAGCGAGGUGAACCCGAACACGCGGGUGAUGAACAGCCACGGCAUCUGGCUGUCCUACGUGCUGGCCAUCGGGCUUCUCCAUGUCGUGCUGCUGAGCAUCCCCUUCGUGAGUGUCCCUGUUGUCUGGACCCUCACCAACCUCAUCCAUAACAUGGGCAUGUACAUCUUCCUGCACACAGUGAAGGGGACACCCUUUGAGACUCCAGACCAGGGCAAAGCAAGGUUGCUAACCCACUGGGAGCAGAUGGACUAUGGAGUCCAGUUCACGGCCUCUCGGAAGUUCUUGACCAUCACACCCAUCGUGCUGUAUUUCCUCACCAGCUUCUACACCAAGUACGACCAGAUCCAUUUUAUCCUCAACACCGUGUCCUUGAUGAGUGUGCUCAUCCCCAAGCUGCCCCAGCUCCAUGGAGUCCGGAUUUUUGGAAUCAAUAAGUACUGAAGGGACCACCCCUGUCCCUGCCCAGGCUGGCAGGGGAGGGGUAGGAAGGCCUGUGCUGUGAUGCUGAAGACAGAAGGAGCCUCUGGACACUGCCAGAGAUGGGGGCUGAGCCUCUGGGCCUGGUUUUCCCCUCAUAUCCCCCAGUAGCCAACUUGGAGUAGCUUGUAGUGGGGUUGGGGUUGGCCCCCUGGGUUCUUUUCUAACCCUUUCUAAGGGUUCUGACCCCUUAUAUAUAUAUAUAUAUAUUUUUUUUUUU